AUGAUUGAUGGAAUGCGAAAAAAGCAAAAAGAAGAAUUUCUUAAGUGGCACGCUGAAGCUAAAGCGGCCGCCAAUGGGGUGUUCAAUUUUCGCGAGCAGAUGAUGACGUAUUGCUCGAACGAUGUUACGGUUUUGCGUGUGUGUGCUUUAAAGUUUAUCAGCGAUUACCAAGCUCUGACGUCGCUGAAUCCAAUGGAAAGUAUGACCAUGCCUUCGGCCUGCUACCGGUACUGGAGAAUGUUUCACCUUCCGGAGAACAAAGUUGCCGCGUUAUCCAGUCAUGGACCGCACAGAAACCGACGGACUAGUAUUCAAGCCACGCAAUGGCUGGAAUGGGAGAACAUGAGCGCAAACGGUCGUAUACGCCAUGGUCGGAACGGCAAAGAAGUUAAAAUUGGGCGAUACUUUGUAGACGGUUUUGACAAGGAGACACAAACCGUUUACGAGUAUAACGGUUGCGUCUUCCAUGGACAUCCUUUCUGUACUGAAGAAAACGAUGUUGUACCAUACUCCAAAAAGAAAAUGCGCGAAGUUUACGAAGAGUUCCAGGAACGCGAACGCUUCCUUGAAAGUCAGGGCUACACUGUGGAGGUGAAAUGGAGCUGCGAGUGGCUUAAAGAACGACAAGAUCCCGAUAUUGCCGCAUUUCUGCUGAAUAUGAACAUUCGUGAGCCAAUGAAUCCUCGUGACGCCUUCAAAGGAGGCAGAACGAAUGCCAGUCGUUUGUAUUACCAAGUAAAGGAUGACGAAGAAAUUAGGCAUUAUGACGUUGUUAGCUUGUACCCAUUCGUGAACAAGACCAAGGCAUACCCGGUCGGCCAUCCUGAAGUAAUCGUAUCCAAUUUCAAGGAUGCCAAAGAUUAUUUUGGACUGGUCUACUGCAAAGUAGCGGCUCCGGAUCAAUGCCUGUAUCCAGUCUUACCGGCCACGAUAAACGGCAAGCUUAUGUUUGUUCUGUGCAAAAAAUGCGCGAUGGAAAAAGCGUUGAGCCGCUGUGCGCAUACAGACGAUGAUCGCUGUUUCGAAGGGGUUUGGGCGACACCCGAACUACAUCAUGCAAUCGAUGUGGGGUAUCGUGUUGUGGAAAUGUAUGAAGUGUGGCACUGGACGCAGUCUGACACCAAGCUCUUUGCGGCAUACAUGGACAAGUUUUUAAAAGUGAAAAUGGAAGCCAGUGGUUGGCCUGCGUGGUGCGAUACCGAUGAAAAGAAAGCCAAGUUUAUUCAGACGGUUAAAGAACGCGAAGGCAUUUCCUUGGAUCCUGAUGCUAUGGUUUUUGAUGCUGGAAAGAAGAGCACAACCAAGAUUGUGGUGAACAGUCUAUGGGGUAAAACCGGUCAAAGUUGCGAUAUGAACUCAACGGAGUUUGUCUACGACCCCAAACGGUAUUCUGAUCUGUGUCGUUCAAAAGCUAUUGAAAUACAUGAUGUCUAUGGCGUAAGCCCAACGUGUCUGAUGGUAACACACUCGAAAGUGGAUGACUACAAUGAAGGCAGCAACGGUACGAAUGUUGUCAUUGCCGCUUUCACCACCAGCCAUGCGCGACUUAUACUAUUAUCCCUCAUGGAAAAGUUGGGCGAGCGCCUCCUGUACUACGACACGGAUUCCGUGAUAUUCAUUCACCGACCUGGCGACUGGCUUCCUGAUACCGGCAGUAUUCUUGGGGAUUGGGAUAACCAGCUAGAAGCUGGCGAGAAUCACAUCGUUAAAUUUGUCUCCUGUGGUCCAAAAGUGUACAGCUACGAAACCGACACGGGGCGCAUUGAGUUGAAAGUGAAAGGUAUGAUGCAGAACGGAUUUACGGAAGAUAUUUUGGAUUGGGACUCGGUCACGAAGGAGCUGACGCGGACUGGAAAAGCCUUGGAUUUUAACCAGCUGAAGCGGUUACUGGAUGGUGUGGAUGGGCAUGUUCAGGUUGUAUAUCCAGAAUACAUCAAACGAAAUGGAAAAACCCAAGAAAUUAAUACUGUUCAGUUAGCUAAGAAAUUGAAGCUUGUUUACGACAAGCGCAUCAUGUUGGAUGAUUUUACAACGCUGCCUUUUGGCACGCGAUAG